UUCGCGGCGCUAACACGGCAUUAAAAACAGCAGCAGACGAAACCGAAACUCAUAUUCGCAGCAGCCGCAUCGUCACGCGUGUCGUCAUUUGCGAUUUCUUGUCUUUUUCUUUUUUUUUUUCGGACAGCAAGCAAGAUCAGACAAGUUUCAACCAGUUUCAACAACAUGCUAACUGUCGUGUGCUACAUUUGACUGCACACUUUCGUGUGCACGUAUUCCGCUAAUUCUUUUCUAUUCAGUUGCCCCUGUUGCUGUCCAAUUCCUGGAACAGAACGCAGAACCAGCAGAACGAAGUCGCAAGACAUACACGCGUCUUCCACACUUUGAUGAACUGGACAGAGCUCUGUCAGGGCAUAAGCCAAAAAUUUAUUACUGCUCGUGCAUUGUUCACACCGUGGAAAAGAUGGAUAAAGCAAAGUUGUGCAGCUAGACCCGUGAGGCUACUCACCAAAGGCGAAGCAUCAAAUAUGCAACGGGCCAUAGUGCUGGUUGACAUGGACUGCUUCUAUGUGCAAGUAGAAGAAAAGCUUGCACCACAAUACAAAGGCAAACCCUGCGCUGUUUCACAAUACAAUCAAUUCCAAGGAGGAGGGUUGAUUGCUGUAAAUUAUGAGGCCCGUGCAGCUGGCAUAAAACGUGGCAUGAGAGGUGAUGCGGCCAUGAAGCUCUGUCGAGACCUUCAUCUCUUCAGAGUUCCAGAAGUGAGAGGAAAGGCAGACUUGACAAGGUAUCGAAAUGCUGGUGGAGAGGUCCUCCAGGUCAUGAGCCAAUUUUCUGGUGUAAUUGAGAGAGCAAGUAUUGACGAAGCCUACUUGGACCUCUCGGAUGUCCUGAGAGAUGAUGCAGAGAUAGUGACACCCACUGACCUCCCUAAUACUCAUGUGGUGGGCAGCAGUGGCACAGCCGACUCAGAUGGUGAUAUCAGAGCCGAAGGAGUUUCAAACUGGCUCUCCAGCAUCACAGUGGAUUCUCCAGAUUACCUUCUUGCUCGUGCUGCUAAGUUAGUGGAGGAAAUUCGCUUAGCUGUUCUUCGAGAGACAGGCUACAGGUGCUCAGCUGGAAUUGCGCACAAUAAGGUGCUAGCUAAACUUGCUUGUGGCUUGCACAAGCCAAACCAGCAGACUGUCCUGACACAAGGUGCUGUGCCCAGUCUGUUUGCUACACUUCCUGUUAACAAAGUAAGAAACCUCGGUGGCAAACUCGGCGAGGACAUAAAAGAGACACUACAGGUUGAAACUCUCGGUGAAGUAACACGUUUCUCUCAAGAAAGUCUCAUAACUACCUUUGGCGAAAAAACCGGGUCAUGGCUAUACCACUUGUCCAGAGGGAUUGAUCACGAACCUGUCACACUUCGUAAGCUUGCCAAGUCCAUCGGUUGUGGCAAGAACUUUAAUGGCAAGCUCGCCCUGAACACAAGGGACAAGGUUAAAUAUUGGGUCCAGCAGCUCGCAGAAGAGCUCGCAGAACGUCUUCAGCGAGACAGGGAACAGAAUAGUAGAACUGCUCAGUUGCUGGUUGUCGGAGUAAGACAGAAUCAUCCAGGCACCGCGGUGUCCCGCUCUUGUCCACUGACUUGUUAUGACUCUGGAAGAAUAAUGAAUGAUGCACUCUCUGUUUUGUCAAAGUUAAACACAGCAUCACCAGCAGAUGGAAGUUGGUUUCCACCUCUUUGCAACAUCUCUCUUGCAGCAAGCAAAUUCAAAGACACAAUUAAAGAAGGCACACAAGAUAUCUCAAAGUUUUUGUCUGCUGGUCCCUCUGCAACUGGAAUGGAGCUUAAAAGCAGCUCCACAUUACCAGAAACCUUGUCUGAUUCUCACCCUUCAAAAGACACACUGAGAGACACAGCGAGCAAGUCUGAGGAGACCAUUAAACCCCUCUCAUUCGCCGAUAGAUUGAUGCUGCUAUUGCAUGACCGUGGUGAUGUUAAAGCGAAAAACGAUAGAGGCGUUGUUGAGAAACCAAGUGCAGCAACAGUACACCCCAACAGGCACCAAACUGUGGAGCAUGGCACACCAAAAAAGUUUCUCGUUGACCCUGAAAGUGUAGAUAUGUCAGUUCUACCCUUCCUGCCACCCAGUAUUAAAGAUGAGAUAGAGUACUCCAUGAAGCACUCCACUGCAGCAGAAAAGAAGGUAACAGGAUUGAGGAAGUAUUUCAAAAGCAGUCCCUCUAAACAAGAUACGAGCAUGCAGGAUGCCAACAGGGCAUCCUCAGUAAGUGCACUCACUGAUGAUUCUUGGAAUGAUUCAGCCAAAUUUGUUCACAAAGCUGAGGGAUCAGCUCAAGAGGAUCGUUGUGAUAGUGUAGCCCUUGAAGAAUCUAACGUGUGUCAGCAUGAGGAGGAUUCGGACUCGAGGUAUGUCACAGUAAGUGCGUCUGAUGCUCCAGAGGGGCAGUCAUUGAAAAAGGAGGAAGGAGGAAGCAUGCCUGGAGUAGAGAUGUCGAAGCUUGAUUGCGAGCUAGUGCGGAAAUGUGGCAAGUGCGGAAAGGACAUACCAGUGUGGGAGGUGCAGGAACAUGAGGACUAUCACUUGGCAUGUGAUCUUAGCUCUGGAUUGGACAGAACACAAGUUCCGCUUCUCAAAAGGAAGAAAGUGGAGGCUGCACCAAAGAAAGGCUAAUGCACAGUGUAAGACAGACACCCGCUGAGACUGCGACUGAUUCUUCAACGGUGACGGUAGUACCGUCAACAUCGUCUGCGGCGUCGAUGAUGUCAGAAGGACCCACAGGAAAGCGUGAGAGAUUUCUGUGGCAUGCAGACAGAUGGCACCACCACGUACAGCCAAAAUCCCAGCGGGUCAGUAUCGGUUAACCACUGCUCACAAGAAUCCGUGUAGCAACUGUAUGCUUCGACAUAAACAAAAUCUCUCUGGACAUUUUAGACAUAUUUUUCUAGUACUUAAUGGGAUUAAAAUUCUCACCUCGGAUCUAUUUAUUUUGUGACCAGCCAACAAAAUUGAAGGAAGCGCGACACGUAAUUUCUGACGUCUGCGGAAAAAUUUCCAACAAUAAGAUAAAUUUCUGGCUCCGUUAAGUGGUAGAACCCAUUGAGAUCUUCCAUUUCAGACUUAUUUUAUGCAAAUUGAGAUAUUCCUUGCGGAUUUACGCGGUUUGAAAAAUGCCAUUGGGGCAGGAGGGUGUUGCACCCCCUUAAUGUAUGUGCUAGUUACCACCAAGCAAAAAGUGUGUAUGAAAGUUGACAAGAAAAAGUUUGCCUGUUACCAUGACCGCGGUAGAAUACCCUCCUCGCUUCUCCGUUUCACUUGAGCGUCUGUCAGGUGUCGCUGCUUAUCUUUCCAUUUGAUAAGACACUUUUGUCAAUGGCGGAAGUGGCCUGCUGUCGCCAUUCGGAUUGUGAAAGACUGCCGGAGAAAAUCAAUCCUUGGCUCGCGAAUGUUGUUCUACAGUACAGUAUAGCUGUGGCACUCAGUGCGUUCUGAAGUGAAUUUGUCUUCCUAUAUAUAGUGACGUUCUUAUGAUUGUACAGGAGCAGACAAAGCAGCGUGACCAAAGAUUUCGCUGCAUAAAGAUACAUGAAGCUCAGUGUAUGCUGCUUGCGCGGGAGGACCUCGACAGUUGCGAAAUCUCCGAUCACGAAAUUGAUGUUCUCGAUAGUGUAUUGACAUCAAAAUGGAACGCCAACCUCAGGGGCACGUUCUCGAUUCAAGGAAAAAGAAGGAGAAUGUGCAAUUGCUUCGUGUUUAAAGACACUACACUCAAAUUGACGGGUUUUCGAGGUCUGUCCAAGUCGUUUUAGCGAACGAAAGCCACAUUUUAGCUGCCGUUAGUCUUAGAUGGGCGGACACGACGGAACAGCACGUUGCAACAGGGAUAUUUCGAUCACUUUAUUUCGAGGUGCUCAUAGGCUAUAACAAAAAGUUUCUCAAGAAGAGUGCCACAGCAGUUUCACACGCAGGGUCAUCUGCCCUAUGGAAAUCGAUGCUUGCUGCUUACAGCUUUUUGCAUCCCACAUUGCACUUUGUUACAAUUGGUUCAAACCGAGCAGCAACUGAUUGGCCGAAUGUUUUCCUUCGUAUCUCCUUUGGGCAUCGGACAUUGCACAUCGGAAGCAACCAUCAAAACAACGCAUAUGACUGACGGUUGUCAACGCACCAGCGACACCUGGCGUUGUGACGUGAAAAACAGCCAACAGGUUUACCUCCUUUUUUGUCAUCCGCAUCAA